AUGCCUUCAAACGAUUCGGAGCGGCAGAAUAAGGCGACGGUGUGUUUAACGGUGGUUGUUGUCGGCGGCGGACUAGCAGGUCUAAUAGCAGCCUAUGCGCUGAGCUGCGCCGGCCACGACGUCACUAUAGUAGAGCAAAAGGACAGCAAACCUCAAAGCUUCGGCGUGAGUCAGUCGCCUCCGAACAUGACGAGGAUACUCAACCGAUGGGGUUUGAAACCGUUGCUGGAUCGAGAAGCAGAAAAAUGCGCAUCAUUGGUAAUGCGGAAUGGGCGCAACGGAGACAUGAUUGGAGCGAUGCAUUUUGACAAAGAUUUCCUUCACGACCUCGUUGCUGACUUCCUUUUCCUACGGACGGAGAAGCUAGGAGACUUAUUUCAACAAUUGGCAGAAGACGAAGGUGUCAAUUCAGUCACGGCAACUGUCACAGAUAUUCAGACGACUCCUUCAAAUGUUACGAUAGCCCUCGACAAUGGCCAGACACUUUUGAGUGAUUUUCUGGUCUGUGCCGAUGGAUAUGACAGCCCAUUCCGGCGUCUUGUCUCGGGAGAGGAAGAACUACAUGACCGAAGAACGGCGAGAGCGUACCUGGCGUUAACGUUUAUUCUCCCCAUGGAUCUAGUCUCGCAGGACGAAGAAUUGAAAUCCAUCAUGGACCCAGCUCAUUGGCUAGUUUGGUUUGGCUCUGGGUUUAUCUUCCAUACAUCAGCCCCUGACGGAGGCAAAAAUCUGAGCGGAACUAUGCUUUCAAAUUACAAUAGGGAAAUACUACCUGAAGAGGAAGCUUGGACAAAUCGACCCCUGGAAUAUUGGGGCAUUGAUCUGGAUGCUUUUGAACCUAGAGCUAAACGUCUAUUGAGUCUAGUUCAAGUCGUAUCAUCAAGAGUUCUUGUCCAAAGACCGUGUAUAGACGAUCUCGUAUGUGAAAAUUCGAGAAUAGUGCUCGUGGGCGAUGCUGCACAUCCAAUCCUACCCGGUAAUAACCAACAUAUAGGGCUAGCUGUCGAAGACGCGGAAGCUCUACGGUGUAUAUUCUCUCGAAUUCACGACCGAGAUCAGAUAGCCGAAUUCCUUUCUGCGUAUGAAGACAUCCGGCUACCUCGUAUUACAAGCGUCGUGAACUAUGAUGCUACUAUGAACAUGAUGUUGAUGCUGCCCGAUGGUCCGGAACAGGACCAACGUAACGUACUAUUGAGCCAGAGCAUGUCGCACGGCGAUUGGGAUCAUAUGGACGAGGCCGAAUUUAAGGCGGUAUGGGGCCAGGAGUUGGACGUAUACACACACGACGCGACCGACCAAGUUGACGAUUGGUGGACGAAAUGGGGAAACAUGAUGUCGAAGAAACCGCAGCAUUCAAGCUCUGCAAGCUCAACAUCAAUCCCAGUUCUUCACCGGGUAUCGUUUAUUCAACCUCAUUCAAAUAUAUAA